AUGGUUUCUGGCAAGAAAACUAAGAAGACCCAUGAGAGCAUCAAUAACAGAUUAGCUCUCGUGAUGAAGAGUGGAAGGUACACUCUCGGUUACAAAACCGUGCUUCGGUCUCUGAGGUCUUCCAAAGGCAAGCUUAUCAUAAUUUCAAACAAUUGCCCACCGCUGAGAAAAUCUGAGAUCGAGUACUAUGCCAUGCUUUCUAAGGUUGGAGUACACCAUUAUAAUGGAAACAAUGUCGACUUGGGAACUGCUUGUGGGAAGUAUUUCCGUGUUUCUUGCCUUAGCAUUAUCGAUCCAGGUGAUUCUGAUAUCAUCAAGAGCCUCCCUGGUGAUCACUGA